CAAACACGAUACGAGAUAACGAGAACGGGAAAGAUAGGUGAAAAUGGCACUAUCUGCAGAUCGCCCCGCCUUACGGAGAAUGCAGAAGGUGGUGCAGCUUUGGCUCAAAUGACGAACAUCGAAAACCAACAUGAAUGAAGAAAUCUCGAAGGAAUUAAUAAAUGCAAAUAGUUCGUGAGAAGAAGAAGAAGAAGAAGAGAUGUCGUUGGUUUUAUGUCCUUGGUGCCAAGCAGCCAAGCAGCCUAGGAAUAAUUUCCUACCGAUGCUUAUCUUAUUUUCUGGAACGAUUCCCCACGAUGGCUCCUUGGUGUCUUGGCUGCGUGGCUGAUCCAGGUAUUCUGCGAGGGUACCUAGGUACUAUAUACCACAAACUUCUGCUGUUAUAUUCGCUUCCAUUGGCGUUCGCAAUAUUUGAACGAGAUGGCAAAGGCUUGGCAGGGAAGUGUCCACAGCCAGACUCCUUUUGCAAACGCAAGAAUACUGCCGAAAAUGGGUUCAAUCGUUUGUCGGAAGAUUUUAUUCGUUUUGCGUGAUAUUGUGUUCUGGGUGAAAAUUGAACCUUACUGAAAGAAUGGAUAUGCUGUGCACAAAAUAUGUUGAGUUGAGAACUGUGGU